AAUAAUUAAUAUACCUCGAGAAUAUAUAAUGAAGGGAGGAUAAAUUAUUAAUGAAGAAUUGACCUCGGCGUGUUUAUAUGACAACAAGAGAUUCCAGUGGUUAAGCUUUCCAGUUUUUAGAAUAUAUAAGUAAAGGGGCAAAUAUUCAUUAUCAAUAAUAUUCAAUAAAACAUUGAUUUUAAUGCAAUAGAAAAACAUGAAAAUAUUUGAAAAUACAAUUUUUUUUGGAAAACCGACUUUCUCAGGUUUUCCCCCAAAACCUAAACCUCUGUCUCAUGAGAAUACACUGAUUCACAUAAACUAACUUCAGUCUAUGAACUCCGACCCUCCGCACUUAAUGAAACAAAAACCGUGGUACUGGGAAAUACUGUAAAUACAGGAGAUACGGGAAUAUACAGGAAUAACUGGAAAAUACAAGAGAAACUGGAAAAUACAGGAGAAACUGGGAAUACAUGAGAUACUGGAAAAUACAGGAAUUAGUGGGAAUAUAGGAGAUACCGGAAAAUACAGGAAAUACUAGGAAUACAGGAGAUACUGGGAAGUUGAGGAAAAACCGGGAAUUCAGAAGAUACUGGAAAACACAGGAAAUACUUGAUAUACAGGAAAUACUAGGCAUACAGGAGAUACAGGGAAUACAGGAGACACUGGAAAAUACAAAAAAUACUGUAAAUACAGAAGCUUUAUUCUGCAACUGGAAACUAAGCUAAUAGGAAUAUAUAAGCUGAACGAAAUGCCGAAGGGUUAUCUGAAAGGAAGAAACGAAGAGCUGCUUUCAAGGAAUUAAGUAGCUGCAAAAUAUCAUGAAAAAAUUCUUGGAGCUUUAAAUUGUGUGAAAAUUAGAAUGAUGAUAAUUUAGAAUAACAAAGAUAGUGACAAUCCUUUAAUACACAGCAAGUGAACACAUCUCCCUAUGUCUCAUUGGUUGAGAGAUUUACUGGUUUUAAACCAAAUAUUCAUCAACAUUUAUGCUUUAAAAUGUUUCCAAUGCACAGAGCAUCGACAAGUGCCAGUUUUAACUUGUCCCAAAUCUACAGACAACUCUGCAGUAUGGGCGGCCGACAGUUCAAAGUACGUGGACGUGGGGGACUCAGCCGUCACAUCCUGCGCGAUCAGGAUAACAGGUUCUGGGUCUGUGAUGCACCAGGGAGGUGUUCCUAAAUCAACAUGUUCUGAUAGUUCUAGUAUCAGCUAUAUUCUACAGCUGGUUAAUUCAGACAGCGGUUCCUCUGGGUCCCAGUUUGUUUGCUGUUCAACAGAUGGUUGUAAUUGGAGUCUAAGUUCAGCUAAGAAUAAUCUAGUUUUAGGAUCUUCUACAGUUGUUGAUACAGCAUUUGUUCCUUAUCUAGUCGGUAUACUUCUAGCUUUCCUACUUCUCGGACUCCUUCUUCUCUGUUUAUGCUCAGGGGCAUGCGCAUCUUGUGCAUGCUGCGCUGCAUGUGCGGCAGGAGGAUGCUUAAACGGAGGAACCAAGGAGGAGGAUAAAAUCAAGGAGUCCGCGAAAUCUCGAGCUAAGACAGAACAUAUCAACAUCAACGACAGAUACAAGGUGAUCAUGAAACCGGAACGAACUCUGACUCCAGUUGGAGAAAGAGAAGUGGGAGGUUCAGCUCCGUCUCCGGCUUAAACCACACUCCGGAGACCUAUUGACGUAGAGGCGGUGAAACCUGCCACUCCGGAGACAGCUGCUUCAACUCUUAUGGAGCCCAGUGUUCAGUCCCCCCCGGAGAAAGAGCGACCAAUAGGACCUAAACCCGCCAAAAUUGUGGAUUCAAGCACUAUAUCAACCACGGCUUUUAUGCACUUCGCACCAAAACAAAAAACUCCUUAAACUCUAGCGAAAAAAAUAAUGAGUUACAUAACCAAUGCACCAUUGCAUAAAUUGUAAAUAAAAAUGACUAAAAUAUAUAUUUAUUAGCACUCCA